UUAAUUUCCCUGUUGUUAGUUCGUGUUUUAAUAUUACUUCUUGUUUGUAAAAUGUUAAUGAAAAUGAAGAGCUUAUGGAUUGCAUUGAUCGUAAUUCGUGAAGUUCUAUCAUUUGAAAAAGGAUACUACACAAUUAUCGCACCCGGAAAUGUUCGAUCAGAAUCUAUUUUUCAUGUUUCCUUCACAUUAAAUCAGUUUCAUAAAUCCUGCUGGUUUAAUAUAACUUUGACAAGCUACAACGACAACCAUGAAUAUAGAUACGAUAGCAUUGAAGUUAAGCCAGGAACAACCAAAUUAGUCGAACUAUAUGCACCCUACUUCGAUAGCCAAAUUGCAAAUUUAGAUAUUUAUGGAUAUAAAGGUAUCAUUAGCAAGGACUCAGAUAUAAUGUUUGUUUAUACUGAACCAAAAUGGAUGUUUAUUCAAACUAAUAAAAUCAUAUAUAAACCUGGUGAUGAGGUUGAAUUUCGAGUAAUUUACAUUGAUCAAUUGAAAAGACCGGCAAAAAUUAAUGACGAUAAAAUUAUAACUGUUGAAAUCCUUGAUGAUGAAUCUAAUAUUAUUAUGGUAUUUUAUGACAUUAAAUUUGUUCAAGGUGUUUUCAAAGGUAAAUUUCAACUAUCUGAUUAUCCUGUUUUGGGCGAUUGGUAUAUUGAAUUAAAAAUUGAUGGAGACUUUCAAACCAUCAAAAAAUUCGAAGUUGACAGAUAUAAUUUGCCAAAAUUUAAUGUGCAAAUUAAUACAAAAGAACAAGUAUCGAUCUAUGAUAAGCAAUUGGAAUUGGAAAUAAGUACCAGGAAAGUAUCAUAAAUUUUAGUAUACGUGUUUUCGUAAGUAACAUAGUCUUU